ACCUUCUCCGCUCCCUCUUCCCUCCCUCAUCCACUCCAAAAAAAAAGAGGCUUCUUCAUCUCCACACCAGAACCUUUUCCCCUUUCAGCAUUACCGCUGUUGUUGUUGUUGUCCACCUCUCUUUAUUCCUUCCCACCCACUCCCUGGGCAAACAAAUCCGCAACCAUCCCCUUAACCGAAUCUCUUUUAAACAACAUCAUUUGGUGAGCAUCAUUCCUAAUCCUCCAAAACUUCAUCCCUUUGUGUCCCCCCGCACACACCUGAGUUCAGGAGGUUGGAAACAAGCUUGCCUUUGUUUUUCCUGAGACUCCUAUCCCUCCUGUUCCUGCCCCUGCUUUCACCACUUGUUCCUCGUAUACCUUUUUUUCUAACCAGCACCCUGCAACCGUUUUAGAAAUGGCUGAGAUCAGACGCAAGUUGGUCAUCGUCGGUGACGGUGCCUGUGGCAAGACCUGUUUGUUGAUGUAUGUUUCUUAAUUCUUCCGCCCUCCAGACCGACUCUUGUUUCAAGCUACUGUUUCACUGACAACGUGUCGAAUAAUGCAGCGUCUUCUCCAAGGGCACUUUCCCCGAGGUAUGCUCCGCAUCACGUAACCCGUCUUCGCGAUCAAUCUUUUGUAUCCGGACUUUAUUACUGACGAACGUUUUCUGCAGGUCUAUGUCCCCACCGUUUUUGAGAACUAUGUUGCCGAUGUCGAAGUCGAUGGAAAGCAUGUAGAGUUGGCCUUGUGGGAUACUGCAGGACAGGAAGAUUACGACCGUCUGCGUCCUCUCUCUUAUCCCGACUCACACGUCAUCUUGAUUUGCUUCGCAAUCGACUCGCCCGAUUCCCUCGAUAACGUUCAGGAGAAGGUACACAGCCCCUUCAUACGUGCGGAUAUCAAGAGUUAUUUAGUUUACUGACUCGGGGACUUUGGGUACGAUAGUGGAUUUCCGAGGUUCUUCAUUUCUGUCAGGGUCUUCCUGUCAUUCUUGUUGGUUGCAAGAAGGAUCUUCGACAUGACCCGAAGACCGUUCAAGAGCUUGCCAAGACAUCCCAAAAGCCCGUGACUGAGGCUGAGGUAUAUAUCCAAUUGAUUAUACGUAGGCCUGAUUCGGGCAUGCUAAUGUUUUAUACAGGGUGAUGCCGUCAAGAAGGUCAUUCGCGCCGACCGUUAUCUGGAGUGCUCAGCCAAGACCAACGAGGGUGUCCGUGAAGUCUUCGAGCACGCUACUCGCUGCGCUCUACUGCAGAAGAAGCCUAAGAAAUCAAAGUGUCUUGUGUUGUAGGUUUGGGAUUAAGGGUUUUUUUUUUUAAAUUUUUUUUAGAUUGGCAGCAAUGGUAGUUCCGGGUUUGGUGAUGGUGUUUUAAAU